AUGAAAGAUGUUUUUGGCUGUUAUAAAAUUCACUUAGAUAAGAAGAUUAAUUAAGGGAGUUAAGCAAAUAUUUAUGAAUGCACCAAUACUGACUCGAAUAGUCUUUGUUGUGCAAGAGUGAUAUAAAAAAUAAAUUACAAUUAUUAAACAGAUUAAUAGUCAUAUAAUAGAGAGCUUUAAGUCUUAGAAUAAUUAAAAUGGAUAAGACAUGAUAAUAUCUUAGCUAUAUAUGAUUACAAAGAAGAGGAAAACUAUAUUUAUUAGUUUUGUGAUUUUUGUAAUGGCACAUUACUUGAUUUUAAGAAAGGAUAAAACAUAACAAGAAUAGAUUUUUUAGAUUUAAUAUAAUAAAUAAGUUCUGGAUAUCUUGAAUUGAAAAAAAAUAAAAUAAUUCAUAGAGAUUUUAAACCAGAAAAUAUUCUGAUAAAGAAAAAAGACAAUCUAAUUUAAUAUAAGGUAUUAAUAUUAAAUUAUUAAGAUUGCUGAUUUUGGUAUGAGUAAAUUAUUUGAUGAUUAAAAAAGGAUUAAUACAAAUAUGGUAGGCACCUAAUAAUAUUUUUCUCCAGAAAUGCUCUAUUCAACAAACUAUAGUUAUGAAUCUGAUAUAUUUUCAGUAACAAUAUUAUUAAAGUUAGUUUGGUAUUAUACUGUUUGAAAAAGCAGCAGGCAAUCUCGAUUUAUAUAAUGAUAAAAAAAAAUAAAAAAUAUUGUUAGAAGCACUUAAAACACAAAGUUUCAAACAAUACAUAUAAAAUAAAUUGAUUGAGAAUUAAAUAUAAGAAUAAAUUUUAGAUAUUUUAGAUAAACUGAUAGUUUAUGAUUCAUAAAAAAGAAUGACUUGGGAAUAGUUGAAUAGCUUGGCCACUAAUUAAUUGAAUGAAUUUCAUUCAUUCCUCGAACCAAUAUCAAAUUUUAGAUAAAGAGGAGCAGCUAGUUUAUAUCAAUUUAGUAGUAAAACAGAACCUUCAUCUAAUGAAAAUUUGACUUUAAAUAAAAAUCUUAAAGAUUCAAAACUUAAAAUUCUGAAUAUUUAAAAUAAUAUGGAUUAAUUAAAGUUUUAACCCUAAUAAAGUAUAUAUAUUAAUAAUCAUAUAGAAUUUAAUUAGUUUUUCUAUUAAACUAGUCUCAAUAAAGAAGCAUAAAAAUUUGAUUUUAAUAAUUAAAAUCAACAAUACAGUAAUUAAAACUAAAAAGAAAAAUAAAUUAUUUAAUAAAGCAUUGAUUUUACAAAUAUUUAAAAUGCUAAUCCAAAUUUAUUCAAUAAAAAACAAUAGACAUUUUAGAAUGGAAAGUGA